AUGGGGAUCAACGAAAAGAACGCUUCACCUCCCGCUUCUUUGGAUGACAAAUUAAACGCGUCAGAGCUAGAUUUUGACGCGAGUCCCCUGGAUUUAUCUUGCAGAAGGAAUAGAUCCCAAAUGACCAAGAGUUAUUCUAGCAGAAACAACGAUACUCAAUUUAGGAAUAUACCCUACGAAUUGAACGAUUCAGAGGUCCUCUCCAACAAUAUCAAAUUGCGAGUCAACGCCGAUGUCCUAAAUAGCCACGACAUAUCAUCGGCUCGUAAUUUACCGAACAGGCCCUCCGUUCUCAGGAACCUGGAACACAACAUCAAAAGUGGCUACAAACUCAAAAAGAUCAGAUCAUUUCCUUGUUUGACUUGCAAAAAGACCUUCGACAGGCCUUCCUUACUUAUCAGGCACAUUCGAGUUCACACGGGAGAAAAGCCGUUCUCUUGCGAGUACUGCGCGAAAUGUUUCAGCACCACGAGCUCCUUGAACACGCACAUACGGAUUCAUACGGGAGAAAAGCCCCACGCCUGCUUCGUGUGCGGAAAAAACUUCACGGCCAGUUCCAACCUUUACUAUCAUAAAAUGACCCACAUUAAAAUAAAACCUCACAAGUGUAAAUACUGCGACAAAUCUUUCGCCACUCCCGGUGACUUAAAAAGUCACUCGUACACUCACACCGGAAAUUGGCCCCUAAAAUGCAAAGAUUGUCACAAAGGAUUCAGCAAGAUGAGCAACCUUAGGACCCAUAUGGCGCUGCAUAAUAAUCAUUUUAAAUCGCAAAACAAAAAGGAAAUAGAUUUUGAAAAGGCAUAA